AUGGCUAGCUACGUUCUGGUUCUCAUCAGUUUUCUAGCCAUGGUUUGCACCCUGACCAUUGCCUUCGAGCCUAGUCCUCUGCAAGAUUUCUGCGUUGCUGAUCCUUCUAGCUCAGCAAGAGUUAAUGGCCUGGCUUGCCUGGAUUCAAAGCAGGUACAAGCCGACCAUUUCUCUUUUAGUGGACUACAUUUGGCAGGCAGCACUUCAAAUCCUCUUGGCUCCAAGGUCACCCCUGUGACUGUGAACCAACUUCCUGGACUGAACACUCUUGGAAUCUCAAUGGCUCGCCUUGACUAUGCACCCCGGGGUCUAAUCCCUCCCCAUGUGCACCCUCGAGCCACUGAAAUUCUUACUGUCUUAGAAGGCAGCCUUUUGGUUGGGUUUGUGACUUCUAACCCCGAAAACAAGUUUAUCACGAAGGUGCUUCAAAAGGGUGAUGUGUUCGUUUUUCCUAUUGGACUUGUUCAUUUCCAGAGAAACGUGGGACAUGGAAAUGCUGUUUCGCUCUCAGCCUUGAGCAGCCAGAAUCCUGGUGUUAUUACCAUUGCUAAUGCAGUAUUUGGAUCUAAUCCAUCCAUUGCUGAUGAUAUUCUUGCCAAGGCUUUCCAGGUGGACAAGUCCAUAAUUGGACAACUUCAAGCAAAAUUUUAG